GUCUGUCUGUGGCAUCGUAGCUCCCGAACGGAUGAACCGAUUUGGAUUUAGUUUUUUUUGUUUGAAAGCUGAGUUAGUCGGAAGUGUUCUUAUCAUAAUAUAUAUUUGGGCCGAUACACGCGAACUGCAAACGAACUGGGAAAUUAUAUGGGUCCUGCAAGUUGAACCUUAAAAAAGGACCACACUUUCAAGUGUUUGUUUAUCUAAUUUUGUAAUUUUUACCGUUCAAACAAUACUUAGUGUUUAAAAAAAAUGAGUUUCAAAAACAAAGUGGUACUCGUGACUGGUGCGAGCGCGGGCAUCGGAAAAGCCAUAGCGUUGCUAUUCGCCGAGCGCAGCGCGCGACUUGCGAUUGUCGGUCGCAAUGUUGAGAAGCUGCGCGCAGUCGCAGACGCGUGCGCAAGCGCAGUCGCAAGCGCGGGCCGGCCGUUGGAGAUCGUGGCGGAUCUGGCGACGGACGAGGGCUGUGAGAGGACGGCGAGAGAGACGUUGGACCAUUAUGGAAGACUGGAUGUUCUGAUAAACAACGCAGGAGUGGGCGCUCGGACGGACCUUGCGCGGACCGACAUGGCGAUUUUUGAUGAGGUGUUCAACACGAACGUUAGAGGAGUUUACAAUCUCACGCGGCUGCUGGCGCCAGAGCUCAUCAAGACCAAGGGUAAUAUCGUCAAUAUAUCCAGUGUGUCUGGGACUAUAGUUUCCGUAGGAAGCCUGCCUUAUAGUAUGACGAAGGCAGCGCUGGACCACUUCACAAAACUGAUUGCCCUAGAAUUGGCUCCGAAAGGCGUUAGAGUCAACACCGUGAGCCCUGGAGUCACUGUCAGCGACUUCGUCCAACGGGUAACCGGAAUCAGCGACGAGGCAUACUCCGAGUUCCUAGACAACAUGGCUAAAGGCAUCCCAAUGCGUCGCGUCUGCCAGCCUGAGCAUAUAGCCAAGAUGGUGGUAUUCUUGGCUAGCGAGGACAGUGAGCUGGUCACGGGAACCAUAGUUAAAGUUGAUGGAGGAGCAGAUCUGCAUGCGGAUUUUAGUCAUAUGGCGAAACAGGCACAGAAGUAAAAGAAAUCUCUGUGUGUUUUUCUGUGGAAGUUAAAUGCUAUCUCGAUCAGUGUGAAGAGAAGCGACUUUAACAGAAUCUACCUGUAUUAACAGUUUUUGGACUAAGUAAAUAGAAAAUAAAAGUUUCUUAAAAGUC